AUGGCUCCCAAGAUCGCUAUCGUCUACUACUCCAUGUACGGCCACAUCAAGCAGCUGGCCGAGGCUGAGAAGGCCGGUAUCGAGAAGGCCGGCGGCUCUGCCGACAUCUACCAGAUCCCCGAGACCCUCCCCGAGGAGGUCCUCGCCAAGAUGCACGCUCCCCCCAAGCCCGCCGACGUGCCCGUCCUCGAGGACCCCUCCAAGCUCGAGGAGUACGACGCCUUCCUCCUCGGCAUCCCCACCCGCUACGGCAACUUCCCCGCCCAGUGGAAGGCCUUCUGGGACAAGACCGGCAAGCAGUGGGCUUCCGGUGGCUUCUGGGGCAAGAUGGCCGGUAUCUUUGUCUCUACCGCCUCCCUCGGCGGUGGCCAGGAGACCACUGCUCAGAACGCCAUCUCCACCCUCACCCACCACGGCAUCAUCUACGUUCCCUUCGGCUACGCCAAGGCCUUCGGUCUCCUCACUGACCUCACCGAGGUCCGUGGCGGCAGCGCCUGGGGUGCCGGUACCUUCGCUGGUGCUGACGGCUCCCGCCAGCCCUCUGCCAAGGAGAUUGAGCUCGCCGAGAUCCAGGGCCACAGCCAGGCCAAGGCUGCGCCUGUGAGCGAUAGCACCAAGCCUGCCGAGGCUCAAAAGGAGACACCCAAGAAGGAGGGCAAUGGAAUCAAGGAGCAAAAGGAGCUCAAGGAGGGUCCCUGUGGACUCCCCGCAAAGUGCACUGUGCAAUAG